UAAACACGCACGUACUGCAUGCUCGCAGUACGAUCACGAUGAACAGAUGAAAACACACAUCGCCACACCACAUUCAAAAAUCUUCCGAAGGCAUCCGUCAUCCGUACGUACUUUGUAUAGUAAUUAGUGUACAAUGGACAUGUUUACAUGUACAUCGUGAAAAACACUGUCUAGUAGGCUCGGAAUUAGUUAAAUAUUAAUCACUGUUAUAUGCACACUCAUGCAGUGAUCAAUAACAUUUGUACUUUGUAAAUUGUACGGUCAACCGUUCUGUUUAUUAAGGUAAACCGUUCGUGACGUUGCCGCAGCCUGUAUUAAAACUCAAAGGAAUAUAUUUAGUGGACGUGAAUUAAAUUCGAGAAGAUGGGAAGGAGGACAGUGCAAGACGCCAUUGUGGAUGACAUCCAGAAAAGGAAGUAUCCUACAAAACAUUAUGAAUACGUUAUUCACGUUUCAUGGUCGGAUGGCUCAGUCAAUGUUGUCUAUCGCAGAUACAGCAAAUUCUUUGACUUUCAGAUGAAACUGCUGAGUAUAUUUCCUGAGGAAGCCGGUGCUAGGAACCCUACCCAGCGAAUGAUCCCUUUCCUGCCUGGCAAGAAGCUGUUUGGACGGAGUCAGACCAGGGAGGUAGCUUCCAGGAGACUGGGUCAACUGAAUGAAUAUUGUCAAUUGUUGGUGAGACUGCCCCCCAAGAUUUCCGAAAGCGAUGAAGUACUGCAGUUUUUCACUCCUACUGCUGAAGAUAUUAACCCAGUAACAGAAAGCGACACCUUUGAAGAAGAUCCUACCACAGGGGGUGUGAUAAAGAAAGGUGCAAAAGAGAUCGAUGUGAUCUCGGAUCCCAUCCAGCCAGACCCGUACAUUGUGAUAGCAGACUACAAGAAGCAACAGAAGAACGAGGUGGAUCUACACACUGGGGAUAAUGUGGAAGUCUUUGAGAAAAACGAUAAUGGUUGGUGGUUUGUUAGCUCCAAUGACUCUCAGGGUUGGGCACCGGCGACAUUUCUGAGCAGAGCAGAUGGAGGGGAUGAUGAAGACGGCCUCGCUGGGGGUGGUACGGAGGAGCGUUAUAUCAGCAACAAUUCUUACAAGGCACAGCAGGAGGAUGAGGUCAGCUUUGAAACGGGCGUGGUCUUGAUUGUGAUGCAGAAGAGUCUGGAUGGAUGGUGGAAAGUCAGGUACAAGGAGAAGAUUGGGUGGGUACCAGCGGCCUUUCUACAGGUCUACACCGGCCCCGCGGAUGUGACGGCUAGCACCCCGACCCAGCGUGUUGGUAAUGUGAUGAGUGUUUCUGACAUCAUCAGCAGGCGCCAGGCUGCGGACUCGUCAAAGAACAGCCCCAUGCUCGGAAGAAAAGAUAAUCUUCAUAGUCAUGGCACAGAAGCUAAACCCACCCCACCAAGACGGACCACUGUCAGGAGAACUGUCAGGAAAGGAGCGACACGGAAAAGGCGGCCAACAGCUACGAAGAAGACCUUGGAGUACUACACCGUGGCGGACUUCUCAGACAGUGCUGGGGAUAGCAUCAGCUUUAAAAGUGGUCAGAAAGUUCAGAUUAUCCAAGAGACUGAAUCUGGUUGGUGGCUGGUCAAGAUAGGAGACGAAGAAGGCUGGGCACCGUCCUCCUACAUGGAAGCCAAGGAGGAGACAGUGGCCGAGACCAGACCGCAACCAUCCAAUAGGGAGUCACUCGACGAGGAGACCGGCGAAUCUAGUCCCCGCCCCCCUAGACCCCCACCACCAACUGGUAGAAAGAUCAGCAAUGGCGGCGCCACGAGCAGCAGCAGUGGUACCGGUGGGUUCAGGCCGGUAUCCACUCCAGGAGGCUCCAAGAGUAGCGGUGCAGCUAGCGCUUUCAGACCGGUAUCCAUGCCAUCAAGUAACAACGGCAGGCCAUUGCCUGUCACCCCGGCUUUCAAACCAGCCCCACCGGCUUUAAAACCAACCCCCCAGACGCAACCCAAACCAUUCAGGCCCAGUUCUGGAGGGGGAUCGAACCUCAUCCAGAAUGCCCAGGCCAACCUCAAGCCAGUCAGAAGUCAGUCUAAACCGCCACUGGUCAACCGUCAGAAGAAGCCAGGGGCACAACCAAAUGGAAGUCCUAUUGGGACACCUGGCUCCAACGUCCAACCCUCGCAAAUCGCCGAUCUCCAAAACCAGCUGAAAUCCCUGAAGACUCCAAGCUCCGGUGGAGUCAGGGACCGGAGGCCCUCCAAUGCCUACGUGACGACAGCCGCCUACGAAAAUGUCGACGACGAUGACGGAUUGAGUUUUGAGGAAGGAGUACAAGUGGAGGUGAUAGAAGAAAAUGACACCGGUUGGUGGCUGGUCCGUAUUGCUGGAGAAGAGGGCUGGGCACCGUCGACUUAUCUUGAAAAGGCAUGAUGUGCUACCAACAAGAAUUACUUUCUUCAUGUCAAAAUUUGUUUUCUUUAUAUAAGAUGUUGUAACAGGUACUUGUCUGUGGUAUAGUGACUAUGGUAUGCCAAGCUUUUGCACUUUACAGCAGAGGCAGUAUAUUUUUAUGGUUUAUAUUUAGAAAAAGCAACAUUUUAGAAAAACCAACAUUACACCAAAAUAUUCUUGAAGAGUAGGAGUUUUAACUACCAACAGUUCUUUAAUUUUGGCUGUCAAGUUGCUGAUUCAGGCAAAUGAAACAAUUGGAAUUGUUAUUGAAAGAACCCAAAUUAAAAUGUUUAAGCAAAUUUCAGAAAGAGAAAUCAUAAGAAAGAAUCCUUUUGCGCACCAUAGCUUUUUAAAUUGUUAACCAGUUCACACCGGAGGCCGUGUAUACACGCAAAAGUUGGGUAUUCGGAAUGGAUGAUAAAUAAACACGUAGGGAGCGAGGCCGGAAACAUCUGUCAGCGACCCGCUCG